CCCCCGGAGCCACAGCAGAAGCGUAAGAGGGCCAGUCGAAAGAACACCCCGAAACGGUUCAGAUGUGAAUAUGAGGGUUGCACANAAGGUAUCCGCGUGCUUAACCAACCGCUAAAAUACUCCCAUCAUUCAUUGACCUACCAGAUCUAUUCUCGAGCAGAGCAUCUGCAACGUCAUCAGUUAAAUCACAAGCCAAAACAGUUAUUUCACUGCCAGGCUGAANGGCUGCGAUCAAACUUUGUGCGUCUUGACCUUUGUAUGAGGCACCAAGCCAGACAUGGCGAAGCCUCAAAAGCGAGAGAGCAAGACGUUGGCUCGACAGUCUACGAAACCUCAAACAAUGGUAUGGUAGACCUUGCUGAAGAGGUGAAUUCGUGUUUCCACCAAGACACUGCUACGAACAUCAUGAUCCAGCAACCUCAAACACAUGACACUGGCGUCGCAGGCUCAUAUCAUAACACAACCCUGGAUGUGGGGUCAGAGAUGCAAGAUUGGGCACAAAAUGGAAUGCCAGAGAAUCCUUCAGGACUCGCAACAAUCUCUCCUCAGCCAGGAAAUGAGAACUUCGUGGCUUGGUUGUUUGAUAGCCCUGGCUCUCAGCAGCAGAAUUUCGACCUCUCGAGCUACCUGCCAUAUGUGGACUUCAGUCUUGACUAUUGCUCUCCAAUGAACGACUUCUGGCAAUUUGACUCCAAUCAAAAUACUGCCAACGUUUCCAUCAGGAACUCGUUGGACAUGCCACCAAUAGUUGAUGAGUUACGUGAGAGUCCCGGUGCUUACGGCUUGAACAGCCAUCUCCGUGUCUCUACCAGAUGCAGAUCAAAAAUUGUGCAAAGCAUCAAUUCGUUUCUUGCGAAGAAACGUCCGCCGGGGUUGCAAGAUGCUACUGAAGAAACGAGCUUGUUGUUCAGUACCGAUGGCAAAGAUUUUCCCAACUUGACAAUUAACGUUCUUGAGGACUGCUUGUCUAGCUUCUGGUCAUAUGUAGCGGUUCAGCUGCCCGUCAUUCAUCAGCAGACUUUCUCGAACGAUGAUUGCCAACUGCUUCUUCUACUUGCGAUACUAAUGCUGGGUGCAGGUCAAUUAGUUCGCUUACAUCCUGUCGGAACGCGAAACGACUAUCGUGCUCUUGCCGACCUCAUAGCAAUCAAUCUUCGGUGGGAGAUCUUUCCGGAAGCCGAACCUCCUAUAGCAUUAUGGAUAGCUCAGGUGCUCUUGUUGCUCGAGUUUUAUGAGAAGAUGUUCUCAACUCGUCGCCUCCAUGAGCGUGCAUAUAUUCACCACGCCUCUACUCUAGCUUUGCUACGGCGUGGCAGUCCUAUGGUCGGCCAUGCUGAAGAUGAAGAGCCACCAACACGGUGUCCAUCGCCAGGAUCGACUUCACAACAAACGGUUGGGAUCUCCAAACAGCUAGACUGGUGGCGCCGCUGGGCUAGAAAUGAGUCCUGGCACCGUGUUGUUUUCGCGGCUCUUCAUAUGGAUACUCUGCACGCCGUAGCCUUCGGACAUGAGAGUUCACUUCUGCCAUACGAAGUUCGACUUCCGUUGCCGUGUGAUGAUUCUUUAUGGUCUGCUCAGAGUCCCGAAGACGUCUGGAGGCUAGAAGAAACGUUCUCAAUGCACGGUAUUAGCCAGCAGCCAUUCCUCGACAGCCUGAGAAGAUGUCUUCAUGGGCACGAUGUACACUCAAAUCAUGGUGCACGAAUCAUUCUAGGUUCUGGUCUACUGAGUGUCGGCUGGCACAUCAGGCGCCGUGAGAGGAAUCAACAAUUCUUGGAGUCGAUCCCAUCAGCUCAGGAACAAGAACGCUGGAGAGUCUUGCUUCUCAAUGCGUAUAGCCAUUGGUGCCGAAGUUUCCAGAAGGCACUUGAGAAGUCGAAAGUGCAUAGUCGGAAACAAGAGAACGUCAGAGAUGUGGUAUUCAACCCAACAAUUCUGUAUCGCCUGGCGUAUAUCACCUCACACAUCGAUAUUCUAGAUGCCCAGGUAUAUGCAGGUUCGAAGCGAUUGCUCGGCCGCAAAAUCACCGAGAAAGAUCACCUUGGAUGUUCAACACGGAUGCGCAGCUGGGCUACAACCUCUUCGGCUAGAUUGGCUGUCGCCCACGCUUUUGAGUCGCUUGAUGAAACUCUUUCAGGUGUGCGUUCUGAAACUGCGAGACAAGCAUCUGACCGAGCAACGACAACAAAUUAUACAUGCCGUGCUGAUCCAUCCUCAUAUCGACCUUGGGUCUUGUACCUCGCAGCGCUGACCAUAUGGUCUUACCAGUACGCCCUGAAUAUGAGGUCACCACUUCAAAGAUCGUUCGAGGGUGACCGAGCCUUGUCGCAACAUGUUGCUUGCAGCUAUAUUCGAAAGUGUGCCGAAUCAGGAGUCGACAGUCUUUCAAGCCAGAUAUCAGCUCAGGGAUGCAGCGCAGUGUGCAAACUUCUGGCUCAAGACUUCGCGCACGCUGAAUGGGAAUUGUUGGUCGAAGCUUCAAAAAUACUUGACUCGUGUGCAGACAUGAUAUUGGGCAGAGUCUGA